AUGUCAAACUGUAGUCGAGAGGAGUGUUUGUCGAGUGUAUACACCGAUCAGCACUUGUAUUCUCUCAAACCACACACCGCUUUGUGUAGUAUUAGCAAAUGCGAAACUGGUUCGUGGGAAACGGGUCUGUCGUAUGAGUGCCGGACUCUACUAUUCAAAGCCUUUCAUAAUAUAAUCGAGAGAUGUUUACUAUCGCGUGGAUUCGCACGAUUGGGUCGUUGGUUCUUCCAGCCAACGGAGACGCCGACCGCCACUACCGGCGGUUCGGCUGAUAAUCAAAACGCAGAGAAAACCGCAAAAAAUUCCGCUAAGCGAACGACCCCUCGAACACAGUUGACGUUUGGAUUCAAUUUCUUCGUUCACGGAGACAGCACUGUCUGCGCCAAUGUUGACGUCAGACAACACCCCACUGUCUAUCGGAUCACCAAAGCUGACCUCCAAUCGGCACAAUUGUCACAGAAUGGCGUCAAAGGCCCGUAUGGGUUGGCCGGUGUGCUGACCGGUCAGAGUUGCAAAGACUCGGACCCGACGGCUCAGAAAGUGCUGAACGAAUGGAAACAACUCUAUCCGUUGACUCAAAUGAGUUCGUCAAAGGACUCGCCAGCGAGCGGUUCCGGUCCCUCGCAAUCAUCGGCCGCCAGUUUGUCCCAACACUUCGGCCCCGAUAUGGCCUGUAAUGAGUUUGGGAACAAUUCGUCGAAUUCAAUGAAUCGUGUCGUCGAAGUGAUUGUUUCGGGUUUUCGUAUGAAAUAUCCGUUUUGUUAUGUGUUUACGACUGAUAUCGACGAACCAUUGAAAACGACUAAACAUUUAGCCAAUAGUAAAAUGAAUACAAAAUUAGUGACAAAUAUUAGUGAAAUUGUUUCCAACGACGUCUUAUGUCAGCCGAAGCCCAUUCUGUGUCCAUAUCAGCAACAGAUCCCAACACAUACUUACUUAUUAAAACACUGUGUGACUCAAGAGUUGUGUCUUUUGCCGCAAAACGGCGCCAACUGUUCCGCACAGCACAAAGAACUGUCCGAAGAAGCCAUCAAUAAUAUGAGCCUUUGGAAUGUGAGCGACCCCUGCAUUAAGAAUAACUGUAACUGUUUUCGAUGCAAACCCCCGAAGAAGGGCUCCAACGCUUCCAAAGCACUCAACACUUCUAAUCCAUAUCUCAAUCAAUCGUCAAACACUUCUGCCAACAAGAAAGGAGACAAAACUGAUAAAGAGAGCCGUAAUAAUAGCAAAGUGUUGAAAAAUGUUCUGCCAUUUCAUCGCCGAAGUCCUGUACUCAACGCAUCCAUUGACGUGACCAACGGCUCCACGACUGCCUCGCCUGUGGCCACACCGACGACACAGCCGACCACAUCCGCGGCCACAACCAAUCUGAGUGUCUCGAGCUCUAUAUCGCAGCCGACAUCAGUGCCCACCUAUUCAUACAAAAGUCCAAUCAGUGGCGGAGGACUGCCAUCGUUGCAGUCGUCGAGCGCCGCCACACCGACCGGUGCCAACGGAAUCGACUCUCCGCGCUCUGUCUCACAAUCAAUCAUUAUGGACGGACCGACCUCUUCGGUCGAACAAAACAAUCUAUCGGUGUCUCCGCACCCCUGCAAAGACGACCAGACGAAUGGCGGCAACGACUCUCAGUUCAUGACGUCGGCGGUGACGCCCAGUCCUAUGUCCGGCGCCAACAAAGAGAAACUCUUGCUUUUGUCGCCAAACAAUCAAUCACUAAAGGGUUCCGUCAAUACGAAUAAUAUAUCCGACGACUCGCCGAGCAUUCAAAUGAAUCAGUGGACGCCCGGCGGCCAGUCGUCGGACGUCGACUCAGUGGCCGUUCAAAUACCCGCUUCCGAAACGAAUAGCAACUCCGCAACGACUCCUGUGUCCACUGCCGUAACGAAUCAAUCAUCGCAACAGCAAAACGGUUUAACAGGUGUUAAGAGACCCCUUCUAGGGAUCAAUUCCUGCGAAGACAAUGACGCGGAUUAUAUGCGAAGUGGCUUUCUGUACGACUACAGCCAUCUGAACGACUUAACCAACAUUUGCGGUGAUAUACCGCCGCUCAAGAAUAGGAGAAUUAAUUAUAACAAUGAUUUGAGACGUUUUAAUGCAAACAAUGAUUACUAUUAUAUGAACGGAAGGAAACGUAUGCGGAGUCCGUCGUCGCAGUUGACGAACGGAGAGUUCACUGAUUCCCAGUACGGCCUCAAAGGGAAGGACCCGAAAGACCCGUACGAGUUCAGUGACUUCGAUGAGUCCGAGUAUAAGAUGUUGCAAAACAAUGGCAUCAAAGAGGAGAUGAUGUCCAAUGAGAUGGCAAUGAGAAUGGAGUGCAACGGCUCGUCGCCCGAUCCCAAUUCGAUGGCCAACAAAGACAAGCAAAACACUUCCGAUAUGUCGGCCACUUCGCCGGCGGCCACCAAAGUAUUCACCCGCGAAGACGAACUCGUGGCUUCGUAUAGCGAUUUGGAUCAAAUUUUUGACACCUCUUCCGGAGAGGACAGCAAUGACGAGCCAUUUCAGGCGCCACUCACGCCAUCCGGUCUUUCCAACGCCAGAAUCGGUACAAAUAACGCCAACUCUACUUCCAUAACGGGUUCGACCGGUGCUUCGGACGAACCGCAGUCCAAGUCGUCCAACAAAAGCAACACAUCGACGAGUAUAGCGCUGGGCGUCGCAGAACUCACGCGUAUGUUUCCCACUCCGCCAUCACUCGAGCCGUCGGCUCCGUCGCCUUGCAAUGGCUUCAUCGGACCCGACGCCACACUUAUGGACGAAAACGGUUUAUACCCGUGUAGUCCUAUGGAGAACUCAAAGGACUGGUCAUACGUAUACAAACCUCCGGUUCAAUUCAUGGUGAUUACAUCGUCGAAAUACGCUCCGCUCCAGAAUAUUCCAAACCUGAUUCCAAUACCCAAAGAGUGUAAAUACGAGCAAACAGUGCCACCACUGCCCCCGUCGAGCGGUGCCGGCGGCGGGUCGACAGCCGCUGUCAACCCGAACGGCCCGCAAAUGUCCGGCACAACCAAACCAAUGAUGAAUCAAAUACAGCUUAAAUCCAAUUCUUACAAUCACUUGACGCCACUUAAGCAAAACGCGGCCAACUUUAUGUCGCACCCGAUGUCACGCAUGGGAGGGCCCGCUUACACGCAGAUGCGAAUGCGGCCAAACAUGUCUCCGGUGCCCAACCAAUACCAGCAACAGAUGUCGGCGCCCAACGGUGUUCAACACAUGUCGCCACACAUUCACUCGCAAUCACACCAACAAUCGAUGUAUAAUAAUAUGACACCGCAUAUGGAUGUCACACAAUCACCGCUACCUCAUUAUCACCCCAAUUAUAACGCCGAUACUAACGCUUCGGGCCCUCAGAGCUACUACGGAAACGCUAGCCAUCCGUACGCCGCUAACCAUCGAAGCCCUCACCCGUCGACGAGUCCCAUACCGGCCAUGCAUUACAACCAACAGUUGCAACAAAACCCAUACAUGUCUCGCAACCAUAAUAUACCACAAGAUAACAACAUACCGGUGCCCUCAAUACCAGAAGCGCACAGUUUGGCCAUCAAUCUACUGCUCUCUGAUUCCAUAUUGAAUCUGUUCAAAGAUCAUAACUUUGAGAGCUGUUCUCUCUGUGUCUGUAAUAUGAACAUCAAAGGCAAUGACGUCGGCGUCUAUCUGCCCGAGACAGCACCCCCUGGUUAUGAUGAGCCCCAGUAUCGAUGCAAUUGCGGUUUCAGCGCUGUUGUCAAUCGGCACAGGAGUUACUUCGCCGGUCUCUUCUAUGAGGACGAAGUGGAGAUCACUGGCCUUAUAUACGACCCGUGCGAUGGCCUCAAGAAGAAGAGUUUGGCGGCCAUCGAGUCGUCGCCGACGGUCUCCGAAGAGAACGGAACCGAAAACAAGGAGAACGUGGAAUUGGAUCAAACAAUAAUCGAUUUAAUCAUCACUCAGUCAACGAAUGUGUUCUCUUCGUGUUCUGUGCUCUCGAAAGCGGUUCACUUCGAUGUGAUCACUGAUCGACUCAAUAGUCAUCUCUAUAACAGCGAAAUGGUUUCGUUGACCAACAAAUCAAAUGAAUUAACCAAUCGAUGGCGGAAUCCGUCAAUACUUAGCUUCAGAGACGGCGUGCAAAUGGCGAGAACCGCUCUCUCGACCUCCAAGUUGUCCACAGAUAAUAUGCCGAACAAUCAUAUGAUGCUUCAGAACUUUGCCGGCGAUCAAAGUCAUGGCCAAAACCCAUUACACGAGUGGUCCCAUCGGAUGACUCGAUUCCCGGUCAACAAUCUAGAAGUGAUUCAUCUCUUAAGACAAUUACAGCCAUUAAUGCAGGAAUCGGUGCAGAGAAAGAAGACGAAGAUGUGGGAAGUGACGUACACUGUGUCCGGACCGCUAACGUGGCGCCAGUUUCACCGAUUGGCCGGUCGUGGCACCGAAGACCAGUGCGAACCGCAACCCAUCCCAUCACUGCUCGUCGGUUACGACAAGGACUGUGUGGCGCUCUCGCCGUUUGCGCUCAAGUACUGGGAAAAACUGUCACUCGAGCCGUAUUCCAUGACCAGAGACAUUGGUUACGUCGUGGUGUCGCCCGAAACCGAUUUCAUAGUAUCGCACGUCAAGACAUUCUUCAAAGAGUUGAGCACUACUUACGAAAUGCUACGACUGNUGGGAAAAACUGUCACUCGAGCCGUAUUCCAUGACCAGAGACAUUGGUUACGUCGUGUAUCGCACGUCAAGACAUUCUUCAAAGAGUUGAGCACUACUUACGAAAUGCUACGACUGGGCAAACACUCGCCCAUCUCUAAAGUGCUUCGCGACGGUAUCCUCCGAGUGGGCACCCGAUCGGCAAAGAAGUUGAACGACUUGCCGAUCGACGACUGGUUCAACCAGAUUGGCGACGGAUCCGUGGCCUCUAAGCUGCGAAUGUACGCUCAGGCGUGUCGUCACAAUCUGGCCCCUCAUCUAAGCACUCAAACACUGGACAAAUCAUUGUUUGAAACAAAACAGUCAACCGAUAGUACAAAUGCAACGAAUGGCAGCCAAAACAACAGCAGCGCCGCCGGUAUUAGCGGCCCCAACAGUGUCAACAGUAAGCCGAACAGCAACUCCCCGAUGCCUAACACCGACGCCAACACUUCCGCUGAGAAGUUAGUUAACGAUGAGAACCAAAACGACGCGAGCGGUCAGUACUCAACGAAUCCUCAGCAACAGCCGGACGCGGAUCAGGACGAGAAUCCACACAAACAGCCAAUGAUUAUCGUCUAUAUUAUAGAACCGUUCACUUUCGGCUCCAACGACAAAGACCUGUACCGCCUGUCGAGUGUCGGUCUUCUCCGGUGUUAUACCGAAAUACUCCGAUUCCUUCCCGACCCUCUCAAGAAUAAUAUUCAUCUGCAGUUAAUAUCAUUGGAAUCAUUGCUCUCUUACGACAAAGACCCGAACGGAACGUCACGACAGGAUCAGCUCAAAGAGUUAGCUCUGUCUGUGUUCUCGCAGUGUCGACAACAAAUGGUGAAUUUGGCGGGAGUCAAGAGUCUGACUGGUUUCGGACCGGCGGCUAUGUUUGAGCUGUUCCUCAAAAGCAAAGAUCCGGCCACUAAACUGAGCCGUAUAUAUACGCCGCCAUUCAUUUUGGCGCCGCUUAAGGACAAGCAAACAGAGUUGGGAGAGAUGUUUGGCGACCGGCGAGAGAAAUCUCAACUCUUAUUCUGUUGCUAUUGUCUGACUGAAGACCAGCGAUGGCUUCUGGCGUCGUGUACUAACGAUAAGGGAGACAUUCUGGAGACCACUUCCAUAAACAUUGAUAUACCGAACAGAACGCGGCGACGGAAGGCGUCCGUACGGCGUUUCGGUUUGGAUAAGUUGAUGCGAUUCGUGCAGACAGUGAUGUCUGAGUCGGUGACGCCCUGGAGGCUCGUCAUCGGACGACUGGGCCGUAUAGGACACGGAGAGCUCAAGGACUGGGCGUCUCUGUUGAGCAAGAAAUCGCUGCUCCGCUAUAGUCGACAGUUGCGUGAGAUGUGCAGUCAGUGUUCAUACCUGACAGCCUUCGAUCAACCGGCCAUCUUCUCCGCGUGUCUCAUAUCACUGGAGGCCGACACCGCUCUCCGAGUGUUUCCCGAUCACUACACGCCCGACGAGAGGUUCAGCAGUUCGUGCAAUACCUGUAGCCUUAGUACACCAGAAGACGCUUCCUGUACACACAUUCUGGUGUUCCCGACGUCUGCGACCACCCAAUCAGCUCACGGAAGCUUCUCUAUCGACCCGUUGGGUCCGUUGGGCGCCAAUAUAGGCGAAGACGACUUACUCCAGGCCUUAGACGAAGCCGUUGAGGACGACAUCAAUGUUAACGAUAUAUUCCAGUGGACAGACAGUCCCGGUCCGGGCUCUCCAGGCCUCGGCCAAAUGGACGGUGUCUCACAUCCCGACAGUCCCGGCAAUCGUCAGGCGGGCUUUGGAGGGUCCGUUUUUGAAUGUUUAAAAUCUAACACAUCCAACAACUUCAGUGUAGACAUGCAGGACGAGCCGGCACAACUCUUGCAACAGCCCCUCGCGCUCGCCUACUACGUGUCCACCGCCCGAACCGGUCCACUGCCGCGUUGGUUCUGGUCGUCGUGUCCUCAUAUGGAGAGCUCGUGUCCCGUAUUUUUAAAGUCGGCUCUUCUCAUACACACGCCAUCAGUGCAGCAAAACUCAGAUGACUUAUUGCACUCAAACAUUCGUAACUAUCAUUCACUCGACUCCAAUCUGACGACCGAUGUCUUGAGGUGUGUCCUCGAAGGCUAUAACGCAUUGUCGUGGCUUUCGGUCGACCCGUCAACACAUGACCGGACGUCUUGCCUUCCAAUACAUAUACAACUCCUGAUGCAGCUCUACCACAGUGUCCAGGCUUUGGUUUAA